CGGCCGUUGCAUGAAAUUGUCGGUCUUUAGUUUUCCAUUACUCAUAACUUGUGACUGUCAACAAAAAAAUAUAAGACUUUUAGUAGUUCGUGAUGGCCUCAACAAAUGAUACCACCUCUGCAACUCGAAGAAAUCAGGUUAUGGUUGGAGAAUUACCAGAAGAUUUUCUGAGAGUACCUGUAGAGGUAGCACAAGCUCAAGUAAUGGCAGACGAAAGAGUUGCAAGGCUUGUACAAGCACAGCAGCAAGGGGGAUUCGUUGCUAUCCCAGCAAAUACUGUUGGUAGACUUACUAUAACUGUUGCACAGGCCAAGUUGAAUAAGAACUAUGGACUAACAAAAAUGGAUCCGUAUGUUAGAAUGAGAAUUGGUCACUCUGUGUUUGAGACGCCUACAGAUUAUAAUGGUGCCAAAACUCCUAGAUGGAAUAGAAAUGUUAAUGUAUAUUUACCUCAUGGCGUAGACUCCAUGUAUUUAGAGAUUUUUGAUGAGAGACAGUUAACAAUGGAUGAGAGAAUAGCCUGGGCCUAUAUCACUAUUCCACAGUCAACAUUCAAUGGGGAUACAGCUGAUGACUGGUUCCCUCUUAGUGGUAAACAAGGAGAUGAGAAGGAAGGCAUGAUCAAUUUAGUUAUGACUAUGACAAAAGUAGAACAGCCACCAGUAGUUUAUCCACAACAAUCUGUACAAGUCAUCCCAUCCAGUUAUCCUCCACAGUUAGGUCCUGGCUACGCUCCACAAUUAGUAUACCAACAAAUGCCCUGUCAGCCACAGCAAUUACAACAACAACAGCCACAAAGACCACUUUUUACAGAUGAAGACUUAACACAAAUAAAAGAAUUAUUUCCAAAUAUGGAAGAAGAAGUUAUCAAAUCAGUGUUGGAAGCCAACAGAGGAAAUAAAGAAACUACAAUCAACGCAUUACUUCAGAUGAACAGUGAUUAAAACAUUUCCCGUACUUUUUGUUUAUUUAUAUAUUAUGCUCUGUACUAUCUUUGUUAUCUUACAUUCAUGUUAAUUAAAUGUAGGAAUUCUGUUAUUGUAGAUGUAAAUUAUUUAAUGCUAAAAUUUAUUAACAUGAAUUAACCUCUAUAAAUUAUAGGAUAAAAACUAAGAAAGUUUACUACCCGGUAUUAAAAUUUAUAGACAUAUUAUAUGAAGAAAUAAGACAAACAUAGUUAUAACUGUAUGAAAAAUAAUUCUUCAUGAAUUUUUUUCUCAUUGUGAAGAAUAGAAUAUACACUUGUUAAAAUGUUAGUGUAAUUGUGUGAAAAUAGGUGUACAUUGUGAUUCUUUAUUAAGAAACAUGAAGAAUUGUUCUUGUGAGUUAUUAAUAUAUAUAAAUAAGAUGUAAAGAGUUAUACUGAAAUUUUAUUAGAUCUAAUCCUGUUUGUCACAGUAAACCUUUAUGGUUAACAUGUAAAUAUUCCUAUUCAAGGCAUCAAGAUGGACAUGUAUGUCAUUCUUGUGAUGGCUUUCUAAUUCUUAGAAAAACAAGCAUAUCUAAUAUCUUUAGAGAAAUUGUAUAUCAAGUGUAAUUCAGGUUGUGGUCACCAUUUUUCUCCAAUAAUACAUUUGAAAAACUCUCGACACAAGAAAUGUUAACAGAUGCUUGUCAACCACCCAGAGAUACGAAAAUACAGUGCAUAUUUUACAGUUUUAGAUCAUUUCAAUAAUUUAAUGAAGUCAAAUCUCAAACAUACAGAGUGAAAAAAUGUAUAAACAGCAAACUUUAUGGAGAAAUAAAAAAGAAAAAUGCUUUGUCAAAUUAUAACUUGUAAAAGAGACACCUUUAGUUAUUGAAUAGUUAUCUGUAACUUUAUAUAUAUACUUAAAUGCAGUUUGAAAAGUUGCAGUUCCAAAUGACAUGCCCCUGAUAUGAUUUUAUUUAAAAUGUGAGAAAAUAAAGCACCAGUCUUACCAUUUGUGCUUAUUCAUUUAUUAACUGUUUGCCGAUAUUUCUAAUAUAUCAAUAUUAAUAGGUAUUGUGUGUAGUACUAUAUCUAACUAUAUAACUCUGUAUGUAUUAUAUGUUGUCUUCCUUUUACAGCUAAUCUACUAGAGUGUGUAAAAGUAAAGUAAAGUAAAAUGAAUUCAAGUUAAACUUUUUUAUAUGGGGAUUCUAAAAAUCAAUAUAAACUUUGUUUACUACAUGUACUUGAGAAAAGAGUUGUGUUAUUCAUUAUUAUUCUUCAAUUAGCUAUUCUAUAAUUAUAUAACCAAGGAGAAUGACUUUGGAAAUCUAUCUACACAUUUUUCUCCAAAUUUAUAAAUAGCUUAUGAUAAAAAAAUAUUUGGUUCCUAAAACAGACUCAUCAUUUCAAUAUGUUUAACUUACACACUCUACUAGUUUAGCUGUAAUGAAAUGAUAUUUCUUGCUGUAGUUAUUUUCAAAUUACUGGUAGUUAACAAAGAACAUCUUGAUCAUGGUAUUUUAAGUUAUUUAUAUACAGACAUUGAUAUAAUGUGGACAGAGAUUCAUGACUGUGAUCACUGUGGCUGCAAUAUUUUGUUUCCAUUUUAAAUUCAUUGACAUUGUAUAUUCUCAUCCACAAAAUUAUGUAUCCUUAACAUACUUUUCUGAUUUUUUGGGGGGUUUAUUUAUAUUUUUGUUUUAAGAGUAUUCUUUAAGGGCUAUUCCAGAUUAAUUGUAUGUCUUGUGUCAAAUAAAUAAUGUUAAAAACCUAUAUUAUUCCAAAAAAUUGAUCACAAUCCAAAUUCAGACAGUAUCAAGCUUAUAUAUUUUGUCCAAAAUUGCACCAACUGUUCAGGGUUUAACCCCUGCAGUUGUAUCAGGCUGUGCUCUGCAAAGCAUUAUAUUGAUAGUCUAGGAAAAUGUUUUACUGAGAAUUAGAAUGAUGCAGUACUUGAGUUUAUGAAACAGUGUUUUUUAGAGCAGAAAUACCUUAUCUCAUGACACAAAUUGAAUUGACAAAAUGUGUACCCAGAUUUCACACCAGCUCAAUAUUAUGCUUGUUUCAAAGAUGUGCCAUAUAAAUCACUGUUGUCCAUGACAGUUCAAAAUGCAAUAAUUGUAUUCAGGUCUUCAUUGUUUUUACUGAAAGAGUUAUACUUAAAUGACAUAUAAUGAAUACAUUAAUUAACAUUUUAACAAUCCCUAUCUGAAAGUCUUGUUUAAAUGUGAGUUUAAAGUUUAUGUUUUGUAUAGUACUAAAGAAAAUUCACGUCUUUGUGAACCAUGUGUUAUGUAGCCAGAAAUUACAUCAUGAUGGGUAGUUUUUCAAUCAGAUUUUGGCUUAUUAUAUUUCCUUAGAGCUAUAAGGGAACUGAGAACAAAUGUAGAUUUUUUGAUAGACAAUUUGACAAGUAAAAUGUCAUGUAGACUUACUGUGGUUUUGGCAUUCUAUGCUUUGCCUUGCCUUUUAUGCCUUGUCCUUUGUUGAAAACUGAUAUUCUGCCUUAUUUCCAUAUUUCGUUUUCAUCUGCAAUAGUAUAUAGUAUAUUAUUCCUGUUAUAGAAAAAUAGAGAUUUUAAAGUUUACUUUUUAAAAUAAUUUGACAAUUGUAUGAAUGUACAGAAGAGGGGGUGGGGUGUAUAUUUAUUUUAAAUAUGUAAAUGGUACUUAUAUCUCUCUCUAGUUUGGGAAAGAAAACAAAACUUAAAUGCAGUUGCCUUUAUUCAAAUAUAUGGAUCUAUUAAAUCCAGUUUGAUAUAUUUUAAAGUGACUUUAUUUUAUGUUCUUUUGAUUAGUUUGAAAUAUAAUAGAAAGGUAGAUAAAUGAACAAAAGAGAAUAAAUGAAAACAGUUAGAUUCUAGUUGGAAGACAUAUUUACUCUUAACUUUGUGUUACGGAAUGCUUUGCACAGCUUUAAAUGGGAUAUAACAUAUCGGUCAGCUUUGAUCAAAUAAUAUAUCAAGUUACUUUGUUUGCAGCCUGUAAGUUUAUAAAAUGCACACAAAGUUCAUUGUCAAGAAAUUAUUCAAAAGUUCUCCCAUUUUGGUGAUUUUUUUUGUUUUUGAUAGAAAAAUGCAUAAUAGAAACAAACUGUAUAUAUACAUGUAUUUGAAUGACUAUAUUAAAAGUGAUUAGAGUUUGUUAGGUUUCAAGCCUUUAUUAUGAAUUAAUCUGUAUGAAUCAAAUGUGUAUUUUUCCAAAGGAAAUGUAAUUUUGAAAAAAAAUCAGUCAAUACUAAAUAAUUUAUAAAAUUAUUCUAAAUUUGCAAACUACUUUUCUGUUUGGAAAGGUUUAAGUAAAGCCCACUGAUAACAAAGUUGAAUUGCUUAAUUCAAAAACAUAUAUUUGAGAACCUUUCCCUUCUACAAUAUUUUUUUCUCAAGAAAAUUCUGUUCAAUAUUGCAAUGAGUUGUUACAUGAAUAAAAAAAACUCAGUGGAUUACCUCCCCUAUUAGUGUAAUUUGUGUUUAGAUUACACCAGUGUAUUGUAUAUAUAUACCUUAAACAAAGGAAAGGAGAUGUUGAGAUCUUUUUUAAGGCCUUAAAUAUCAGACAAAUUAAUUGUGAUUUCUUUUAUUUUUUAUCAAGACUUGUUUACUCAUUCUGCUUGUUUUAAGGUAGAGCAUGUACAUGGGUGUUGGAAGUUCUUUAUAGAAAAACAUUAAUUUGUAUUGAUUUAUAAAAUGUGCUUACAUGUAUGUUAACAUAAUCAGAAUUGUGUGAAUGAUUUAUUAUAAAUAUGUGGUAAAUAAAACAAAAUAUUAAAAACGAUACAACUGAAA